CACGUGGUUUGCACCUCUCUGCUGCGGAGUUCUGCAACGCGGCGGAGUAGGAGACCGCGCAAAGCCGAGGCCUGAGUCCUGAGUAGCCGAAUGGACUCUCGAGAGCCCCGGAGCAGCUUCCAAUUCUCCGCAAGCCGGUAGAAUCUAUUCACACAAAGCCGUUUCUGUCGGCAACAUAUACGCGUAAUACAACCUGACCUGUCUUACAUGCCAAAACAUUGCUUGCGCAUUCGUAUGCUACUUUCGUCCCUCCGACACCACUGAACGUUGAACAUGUGCUAUGCGCUCUAGCUCCAAGUCUGUGUGGGGCGGACAUCUUCAACUUACCUACGGAAUACUCGAUCGCGACCUCUGUCUCCCGUUGCUCCGCUACACGAGAGUCAGCUCAGCGGAAAAUCGGUAUGGCCUCGUCGGAUUUGGUCGCCGUGCCUCACAGGAAGUCGAGAGGCAGGAGGAGGCGCAGGCAAGACAAGCCGCCUGUCUCUGCACGCCUGGUGCUGGACGACCAUGUAAAAAGCGACAUUGGCAUCCUCUCCGAGGAUCUCUUUACCGAGCUCUUCCCUCAAUUGCAAGGGCAGCCGACGUCUGAGGAUUCGCAUGCCGACAUCCCCGACGUCGUCCAUGUUGCCAUUGCUCCCUGGGCCGCGGAUCACACAUCAGAGACGAUUACGUGGACCAUUGUCCCCGUUAGCAAGUCGUCCGCCCUCGCGCAUUCGACCCUCCAGUUCUCGCCUUCUUCCUUGGCGCUUCAAUCAUUUGCCGCCAUCCUCAAGCAGACCGCACCAUCCAAGCUCUCGAGCCAUAGCAGAAGUGGGAUCGAGAUUCUGGUCCUCGAUGCUGUCGCCGUCCCGCUAGAUACCGUCUUUGUGAGCUUGGAAGGGGAAUUGGCCAAAAGGCUGGAGGCUGGAGAAGGCACAUUCUUCCGGGAACACCCCCCGGCUGGCGGAAAUGCGAAUGGGAUCGCAGCGGCGGCAUCGGCCGAGGACCGCUUGACCACCGCUCUCAGGACCGCUCUCAGCACUCUAAAGGUUGUCCAUUCUGGAGAUUUGUUCCCGUUGCCUCUGGCACCACAUCCGGUUACGCAUAUUCCCCCGAACCCAGGGAAGGUAACACUCUGUGAACCCGUCGCACAGGGAAUUUUGGCGCCGAGUACCAGGAUCAUUGUGUCGCGGGGCCGUCUUCGUUCUAAGCAUGACCGGCAGCCCGUGGCCAUGACGCCGCGGACGCUCAAUGGCGUUGCGGAGGAUGAUGAGGACACAGCCAACGACCAGUUUUAUUCAGCGGCGGAGGAGCGUGACAAAGCGGACACACAAGCCGAAGAUACAGAGUCCGUUACGGAAACCGAGGACGACGAUAUUGAGGCCGAAGAGGACGACCUAUCCGACGAUUCCAUGGACGACGUGAUAUCUCUUCAGGCCCCAACCUUGCCGCCGACGGCGGCUAGCGGAGUGUCCACAAUGCAGCCCGGCACGCCAUUCACCAUUGGGCGCGGGAGAAAGACAAACGGCAUCAGCACUCCCGGAUCAGUCUUUUCCACGUUUACUGCCACAACGGCCAGACCGGACCGGCCCCGAGGUCGGUUAUUUAAAGCACAGGGGCUGAUAAGACCUAUACCUGCCGAACUUCUCCAUCCAAGACCCGCUCCUGAGGAUGACGAGGAGGCCAGAGUCUACGUUGAUAUAAGAGACCUCACAAGGGUGGGCUGCUUCUCGGGAGACUGGGUCCGGAUGGAAGCAUCUGAAGAGCCACCGACGAACGGCUUCGGUUCCUUCGGCCUAGGAAGUUUCGGGAGACCUGGUGCUGAUGAUGAACCUAAUUGGAGGCCUGUCAGGAUAUACGGCUUGCCCGAGGGCUACUCUCAAAAGUCCAUGACCAGAAUACCGAGCUCAAGGCAUGAUGGGCGAAGGCUCUCCUUCUUCGAGUCGCAGAUCCAGAAACCAUCAAGUUCGACUGUCCAUCUGUCACCAAUUCUGCUAUCAAACCUCGAAAGCCCACCGUAUCUGCGGUUCUCGCCUUUGAUGCCAACCACGAGCCAUCUCAGAGGCUCACAGCCGAAGCCUGGCCCCAGAUUGCAGCCCCCUUUCGCCCGCGAGGUGACCUUGCAGCAGUUGAGAACGCCGGUUUCGGCAGAUCGGGAGGUGCAGACUGCUGUGAUGGCCGGGCUGAAAUGGCAUUUUGAGAGUAAAUUGCGCAUCGUCAGGACCGGUGACCUCAUUGCGAUCCCGAUAGACACGAAACUGGGCAAGACUCUCCAGGAGAACAUUGCGGGCGGAGGCGAUUCCGCUGUCGAAGAUCUCCUGUCCUUAACGUCGUCCGGAAAAGCGCACAAUGUCCACUGUGACGAAGUGGCCUGGUUCAAGGUCAGCCAUGUCCAGCCGAUGAGACAGGAGGCGGAAGAAUCAGAUGACGACGACAUCUGGGACUCGGUCGUUUGCGUCGACAUUUCGGUCGCGCGCCUCGAGCAGACCGGAACCGUCACGGGCCGGGUUGUGGGCACUAUGGACAGCAGUUGGCGAUACUAUCUUGGAAUCAUGAAAGCUCCAACCCGGUCCCCAGAGACUGGGCCGCUGGUGAUGAUGGAUCCUGGGCGGCGCCACGUCUCGUCUCUGCGGCGAAGAUUGCGCGAGCUUCUGGCGGCUGCGACUAGCAAGCAGGCCAUCCAUUUCAAGAUGCCGGCCUUGGCUAUCUUGCUCGUGUCAACUCAACGCAACAUCGGGAAGGCCACGACUGCGGUCGACGCCUGUCUCGACAUUGGACUACACAGCUUCACCAUUGAUGCCUACGACAUCCUCGACGAGGCCGGUGCUGGGGGCAGCGAUGUGAAGACAGAAGGCCUGCUGAAAGUCCGAGCAGAGAGGGCCAUGAGCUGCGGGCCGGAGUGCUGCGCCCUCCUGAUCCGGCAUAUCGAGGCCCUCACUGCCGACCGGAUGGUUUCGGCGAUGAAGGAGAUACUGGCGGACGCGAGGGUCCUGAUAGCCACGACCACGGAGGUGGACAAGAUCCCCGAUGGCGUGAGGGGUCUCUUCACCCACGAGAUCGAGAUGCACGCGCCGGAUGAGGGAGAACGAGAAGGCAUCCUGAGAAGCAUAAUAGACGAUCGCGGCAUCGCACUGGAUCCCGAGGUAGAGCUGGGCGGUGUCGCGCUGAAGACAGCCGCCCUGGUCGCCGGAGACCUGGUCGAUGUCGUCGAGCGCGCCCUUGUCGCACGGCGUUCCCGCAUGGAGCAGCUGUCAGCCAAGGCAACGAGGAGCGGCCAGGAGGUCACGGUAAAGGACAUCGAAGUCGCGGGUGGUCCGGCAGCGUCCGGCCUCACAAAAGCCGACUUCGAAGUCGCCGUGGAUGCGGCGCGGAAGAACUUCGCUGACGCCAUCGGCGCGCCGAAGAUACCCAAUGUGACCUGGGACGACGUGGGCGGCUUAAACAACGUGAAGGACGCCGUUCGGGAGACCAUCCAGCUCCCGCUUGAGCGACCUGAGCUCUUCGCCAAGGGCAUGAAGAAGCGAUCUGGCAUCUUGUUCUACGGCCCUCCCGGGACCGGAAAGACGCUGCUGGCCAAGGCUAUUGCCACCGAGUACAGCUUGAAUUUCUUCAGUGUCAAGGGGCCGGAGCUGCUCAACAUGUACAUCGGCGAGUCCGAAGCGAACGUCAGGCGAGUCUUCCAGCGCGCCCGAGACGCGAGGCCCUGCGUCGUCUUCUUCGACGAGCUGGACUCGGUGGCCCCGAAGCGAGGGAACCAGGGCGAUAGCGGGGGAGUCAUGGACAGGAUCGUGUCGCAGUUGCUGGCGGAGCUGGACGGCAUGUCUGGCGGAGAGGACACUGCUGGUGGUGUCUUCGUGGUCGGCGCCACCAACAGACCCGAUCUCCUGGACCCGGCUCUUCUGCGCCCUGGGCGUUUCGACAAGAUGCUCUACUUGGGCGUCUCCGAUACCCAUGAAAAGCAGUUGAAGAUCAUGGAAGCCCUGACGAGGAAGUUCUCCCUUCACCCAUCUGUUUCGCUGCAGCGCGUCGCCGAGAGUCUGCCAUUCACCUACACGGGCGCGGACUUCUACGCGCUUUGCAGCGACGCCAUGCUCAAGGCCGUCACGCGGCAGGCCUCCCGCGUGGACGCCAAGAUCAAGGCGAUGAACUCGGCGGGGGCCGACGGCCACCACCACCACCAACACCAACACCUCCCGGUGUCGACGGCCGCCUUCUUCGACCACUACGCGACGCCCGACGACGUCGCCGUCACGGUCACGGAGCGCGAUUUCGCCGACGCCCACGCCGAGCUGAUCCCCAGCGUGAGCGCCGGCGAGCUGGCGCACUACGAGCACGUCAGGGCGACCUUUGAGGGCGUCAGGGAUGGCCGGGGCUCCCGCGAGGCGGCGCCCCGCGGCCAGGGCGCGAUGGCCGCGUCGUCUAGGGGGGGGCCCGCUAGGGGUACCAAGGGCAAGGGAGUCGUGGUGGCCGGGAAGGGCAAGGGGAAGGCGGUCGCGAUGGGUAACGAUGACGAGUUCAGCGACAACGAUGGCAAUGGCUCUGGAGACGAGCCGGUGGCGAUGAACGGUAGGGCAAAGGGGAAGGGGAAGGCUGUUGCUGCUUUCCAUGAUGGGGCGCCGAGUGAUGACGAGGGGCUGUAUGAGUAGAUAGUGAGAGAUAGAGGCGCAGAUUAAGGGACAAGGGGUCCCUAAACAUGUAUAUCGCGUGUGCCGAAUAUAAAAAGAUGAAUUAUCCAGUA